GCCCAUGUAUUGUGUGGCGCCUUCUUUCACACACACACACAGACACGCACACACACAUGGGUGAGAAGCCACAUCUAGUUCUAGUCCGCUGAAUAUAUUCAGACAACAGCUUUCACUCUUCUUCAUUCAUGGGACCUCCUCAAUCCUAAGUCCAUGAUCAUCCUACACAUCAAGGUUACGUUUGAACUUUGCUUCUUUGUUUAUUCCCAAGAAUCAUGAUGGUUCAUUUAGCUUAAGAGGACUACAGAGGAGGCCUGUUUCUUUGCUGUUGAUAUUGGCUUUUUUCUCUGGAAGCUAGCAAAGAAGAACAUUUUGUUACAUGGCAUUCAGAGGGCGAGGACGUGGUGGAUUUCGUGCUGCUAAGCAAGAAAAUUUUGAUCUCUUUCUGGAAAUUGAUGAACUAGGAACUGCAGAAAGUGUGAAAGUUGAUCCAUCCUUCGCUGUGUGGUUUAGUAAAUUUCAGAGGUACUGGAACUCUUCUCCUUAUUAUGUUGAAGAUGAAAGUGGAGGUGCAAAGAAAAGUCAAAGAAUCGAAAUAGAAAAGCUUGCAGACAGGAAGUCUAAAAAAACGAGUUCAAAGCAGCCACUCUCCCACUUCAUAAGAAUGGAGCCUGAUUAUGUUCCUGCUGAACUAGCUAAAGAUGAGAAGAAGGAGAAGCAUGGUAUCAAAAGAGUGAGAUGGAACCCUGAAGCAGUGAUUUUCAUGUGGCAGACAUGCAGAAGUUGGAUGUCUUUGAAAAGCUUGAGCAGAAGCAUCAGGUUCAAAAAGGGCCCUGCCGGAAGAUGUGGGGAGGGAUCAACUGUUGGCAAUGCAAAUCGUUCUAGACCUCAUGCUUUGACUUCACCUGUCCAUUGCAAAUGUCAUAUAAAGCUUAUAUUUGGUGUAGAUGCACUAAAACUCAAAAAAUUGUUGCAGAACAUUGAUUUUGAUGAUGAUGAAGACGACUUUAACACGGGUGACGAUAAUGAUGAUGAACCAGAACUUUAGAUGAUGCAUUCGUAAACGUGCUAUCUGGACUCCUUUAGUUGGGACCAACAAAGACACAUCCUUUUACCAUUUUUGCAUAAAGCCAGAAUCAGAGGCUCUUGGAGAUUCACAAACUCUGUCAAGAUUCGACGUUUUCAUUUUGUGGUGGUGACAGUUUAUACCAUGGAAGAAGAUAAUGGUUUUCUUGUGGUUGCAAGUUCUGGGAACGGGGAGUGACAGCUGGAGCCUUGCUUCAUUUUUUUUUUACCUUUUUUUGGUGAUAAUAGCAUAAAAUUGCAUCUUGAAAUCGAAAGUUGUAAUAACCGGUAAUGAUAAUCGAAGGAGAACUUUAAACCUCUACAUGGGUGCAAGUCAAGGGAUUUGAUCCCUUGGCUUGCAUUCUAAUAUCCAGACUACCCUACCCGUCUGUCUAGAUAGGUGGUGAUUCACUGGAUUUUCCACCUUUUUAGGUGUUUCCUUUCUCUUAGUGUGGAGUAAGAGUGGUUAUAGUAUAAAAUCUAUCGUAUCGGCGAAAAAAAAAAUAGAAAAUUGUAAUGUGAAGGCACGAACUAUUUAUCUCUUAAAUAUUCAUAAUUCUGAUCCUACCCCUUACCGACGGCAA